AUGUCUAGUUCUGAUGGCGAACAUUCUCUACGUAAAUCGUCUGGGACGUCCAAGAAUGCUACCCUCUCUCCCCUGCCCUCGCUCUCCUUGACCCGCGACUAUAUUACUGAGGCCCUCGCCAAGUCACCGGAUGGCGGGGCGACUCUCGACUUGGCGUACAAGGGUCUCACCGAUGUCGGAGAGUCAGGGGCCGAGGAGCUCGCGAGCAUUGGUCUGGAUGAGGACACAGGGUCGGACAGCUCCGUAGUACGUAUCGCGCUGGCCCACAAUCGCCUCACCACUCUACCUAUGGCGUUUUCCCUGCUGUCGCGUCUUCGCUAUCUCGUUCUGAAGAACAACAGCUUCUCCGUAUUUCCCGACGUCCUCACCGUUAUGCCGUCUCUGGAAAUCCUGGACAUCAGCCGAAACAAGAUCAAGCGGCUACCAUCCCAACCAGGCUCUUUGGUCAACCUAAGGGUGUUUUCGCUAUCGAGAAACAAAUUACACCGACUUCCCAUCUACCUGGCACAAUUUCGGCAGCUCAGCCUAUUCAAAGUAGACCAGAACCCCUUGGAAUGGCCACCACCGGCUGUAAUGGACACAUCGCGUAACCCCAAUGACCCUCAUGUCAUGACCGAAUGGAUUCAUCACCUUCAGACAUGGCUUGAAGACCACUCUAGCGAGCGGAAACACAGCGAUGAUUCCUUGUCUAGUGACGCGGGAAACGACUCUAGUUUAUUGGACGCACCUCGAGAUCGGACACCACUGCAAACCGAUAUGCUGUACCAUGCACGUUCAUUCUCGCUGGAGUCUGAUACGUCUUCGUACUUCCAACUUGACCGCUCUCCGGUACCCUCGCGACCACACCCGGAGAAUCCUCCUCGCCUCCACCUGGACCCCUUUUUCUCCCGCAUCCAGGGAAAGAGCGCAUCUCCGUCUCCUUCACGCUCACCAGACGCAAGCGUAUCUCCUAGUGACGACUCUGCCGGCCCCAACGGAAUUCAUGCCUACCACACCCGCAUACCGUCACACUUAAACGGUCAUAGUGGGACUCGAAUACCUCUGAAGAGCCCGGCCAUCAAGAAAAGCUUGCCCGACAUGCGGCCCAGGCUACAUCUACCGAAUGGGACGCAACGGGCAGCGGCAGCCUCGGCGGAUCACCUACCUAGCCAUCAUCUCCCGUUCAAUACCAUUAUGGACGAGCCGGUAUCAGCGUCUCCAAUAUCCAUAGACCGGCCGGCGCCAUCCAUGGACACAGAGCGAAAUUCAUACUUCCGCCGGCUUUCCACUCUAUCUGCUGCCACGAUCUCGAAGGCCAUCCCGGAUUCGUUGCUCGCUGUGGUCGACGCCGUCCGAGGGAUCCUUUUCGCGCUCUCCCAUAUCUACCAGACGCUGCAGCACUACACAGUGUAUGCCAUCGACGAGCGGCUGUCGGCGGUCCUGUUGAAAGUGCUUGGUCCCGCGUGCACGUACAUGUCGCAACUCAUUAACGCCCUGGACAAAUUCGACACGGUGAGCAGGCGAGCCUUGCCCAGCCCAGCGAUAUGCAGGGCGGUCGUGGAGAACUGCCGGGACAACGUGACGGUAUUCGGGAAGGCGGUGGGGAUGCUCUCGUUGCAGCUGAAGGUCCUUGCGAAGCACGACGACGUGCGCUAUACACGACAGAUGUUGCUGGUCUUGUAUGGUGCGAUGUCGGAGAUCUCAGCGGCGUGGCAGUCUAUGGCAAGUCAUGUAGAUGCGGUGCGGCCUUACCUCUGGGACUCCAGGCCACCGCCUGCGUCGAAAUCCUACGUUUCGAAGACCCCGACGUUGCGCGGUACCGCGGCUACGGAGAAGCCGAGACCACCGGCGUCAGCUCCAGCGGUGAUGUCCCCGACAUUCUCGCCUACAACGGAGAACCCUCAGCGCGCGCACCUCCGGACGACGGCGACGCAGCGCUCGCUAGAUUUGGGGAGAAGCCACAUCAGCCGGCGGCAUGCAGGGUCUUUCAGCUCGAAGGACGUCGAGAUCGGGAAGAGGCUACCGUCGUACAUCGAUGUUCCUCCACCGCCCUUCCCAUCUUCGGUUAACGGCAGCUUCCACCACUCAACGCCGCCACAGCCGAGGACGAUGCGGCGACUGGUCCUCCCGCUUGGGCAGCAAGCGUACGACGCACAGCUGGGGAGUCAUUCUCGGCAAGGGUCACAGAGUUCGCUGUUGCCUGCGUCGAACUCGUCGCCACAGCUCGGCGGGAACCUGUCGGGGUCGAGCACGCUCGUCGAUAAGGAGGUGAUCGGCGCGAUGAAGGCCGCGGUCGAAGCCGCGCCGGAGAUCUGGGAGAUGAUGGACGAGAUGCUCGAUAGCGAGGACACGAGUGUGGGCGGGAAGGACGAGUUCAGGGAGGUGCUCGCGCGGGCGAAGGACGUGACGGAGCGGCUGCGGCAGAGCAUCGCCGCGGUGCAAGAGGGGGCACACCUGCAGGCCAUGGAUGGGAAGGCGCUCCACGACGACGCACAUAUAUUCGUCAAGACCGUCAUACAACUGUCGAACGCGGUCAAGACGCGGGGCACGCCUGGCGGCCCCUCCGGUGCGCCCGCGUCUGUCGCAGCACCGGGUACCCCAGGUCUACACCCAACGAACGGCGCGCCCGCUGCCGGCAGCACCCUCUCGUUGACCCUGCGGACGAAGAUAGUGCAGCUGACAAAUGCGACGCAGGAGUUCGUGAUGCUCCUCCACGUCUCGUCGUUCUCGCCUGCGCCGACGCCCGGAUUGCGCUCGUAUUCGCCCAUGGUCGGCCUGGGUGCGGGCGUGGGGCUCGGCGCGUCGCCGCUGCCGACCCCUAUGCCUGUCAUCGAGGAUGGACGCUUGGGCUCGAACAUAUCGCGCAGCCGGAGCGCCAAUCCGUCAUCGGGCGCGAAGCUGCUGUAG